UAAUAUACAUACUUCAGUAUAUAUGUACACAUAUAUUUAAAAUAUUGCCUAUGCUUACAAUAAAUCUCUAAGGAUAGGCGGGGCCACAGAAGCCGGAUCCGGCUCCCCAAGGCAGAGCAGCUGCCAUGGCCAAGUACCUGGCCCAGAUCAUUGUGAUGGGUGUGCAGGUGGUGAGUAGGGCCUUUGCCCGGACCCUACGGCAGGAGUUUGCAGUCAGCCGGGCAGCAGCUGACGCCCGGGGAGGCACCGGCCACUGUUCUGCUGCUGCCUCCAACCUCUCCGGCCUCAGCCUCCAGGAGGCCCAGCAGAUUCUCAACGUCUCCAAGCUGAGCCCCGAAGAGAUCCAGAAGAACUAUGAACAUCUGUUCAAGAUGAACGACAAAUAUGUGGGUGGCUCCUUCUACCUGCAGUCCAAGGUGGUCCGUGCAAAGGAGCGCCUCGAGGAGGAACAAAAAAUCCAGGCCCAGGAGGACAGAGAGAAAGAGCAGGUGCCCAGGAUGUGA